GUCCCGUCAUCCUCUUCCUGCUGUGAGAGCCUGUUGACACAUAACACCUCGUCCGGGUGGCAGAAACCAGCGGAGCAGCCGUCAAAACCCGUCUGACGUUUGGGUUUAAGCGAAACAGUGUCGCAAACAAGCUGACGAUGAGAUAAGGUGAAUGAAAGCCAUUCUCACUGCCAGAAAAUGAGGCUUCGGCUGGUGAAACGGAACCUGCUGGCUCUGCUGGGUGUUUCCUUUGUGGUUGUGACUCUCCUGUUUUCUACACGUGUGUUACUAGUAAACGAUAAUGACACGACUGGACCCAACAACGUGGUUCUGAUAAACCAGGUCGGGAAUUCUGGCGACACUGCGAAGUUCUCCUUUGGUUCGGUUGCAGAGUUGACGAAGUCCGUCUACAAUGCCAAUUAUAAGCAGUGUGUGCGAAACGCAGACAAGUUCCCAGGGGAGCCUCGACUGGUGCUGGUUGUGCAGGUCCACAACAGGCCCGAGUACCUCAGGCUGCUCAUCAGGUCGCUGGAGAAAGCUGCAGAGGUCCACAGCUUCCUCCUCAUCUUCAGCCACGACUACUUUUCAGAGGAAAUAAACGCCAUUGUGCAAGGGAUAACUUUCUGCAGAGUGCAGCAGAUUUAUUUCCCCUUCAGCACUCAGCUGUAUCCCAGUGAGUUUCCUGGGAAGGAUCCACGGGACUGCCCCCGGGACAUAUCCAAGGACGCCGCUCUCAAAACAGGAUGCCUGAACGCAGCACACCCGGACUCCUACGGACACUACAGGGAGGCCUUCAUCACUCAGACGAAGCACCACUGGUGGUGGAAGCUGCACUUUGUGUGGGAGCGGGUGCAGGCGAUGCAGGGCUACAGCGGCUUUGUGAUCUUCCUGGAGGAGGACAACUACAUCUUGCCAGACUUUUUCCAUUACUAUAAAUCAAUGCUGGAGUUCAGGAAGAACAGCUGCCCAGAUUGCGACACGCUGGCGUUGGGCAACCACAACGGCCUGACUGAUUUCAACACGCUGUCCAAUAAGGUGUUGACCACUGGGUGGAUGUCCACCAAACACAACAUAGGCAUGGCCAUCUCCAGAGAGAUGUACUACAAGCUGAUGGGCUGCAACAACGAGUACUGCACCUACGACGACUACAACUGGGACUGGACCCUGCAGCACCUGUCGGGAACCUGCAUAUCGAAGCCCCUCAAAGUGCUGGCGGCGCAGGGCUCCAGGGUCCUCCACACGGGGGACUGCGGCCUCCACCAGAAGGAAAACUGCCGACCGGAGUGGGCCUCGCAGAAGGUGGAGGAGGGCCUCCUUGCAGCCAAGGACAGCCUCUUCCCUCCAUCUCUCGUGCUCAGCGGCGCCACAGCGGCUGAGCACAAGGAGCACCAGAAGAACGGAGGGUGGGGCGACACUCGAGACCACAUUCUAUGCAAAAAUUACGCCAAGCGUCUUUGAGCUGUGACUUUUCCCUGAGCGACGUGGGUGAAAUGCUCAUUGAUAAUCUGCAGAUGUGCCAUUUAAUAAGUAACACUUCAGGGUUUCAGAGGCUGACGCGGCUGUGCUAAUAUUCGUCUUCCAAGAACUAGGACCGAAACCCACGUCCCAGAGUGCUGCAUGUACACAGCUAGACUUUUACUUAGUUUUUUAAGGCUUUUUUUUUUUUUUUUUUUUUUUUGAAUCACCAAAGCUGCAAGGUUGCCAAAGACUCCCUCGAUAUUUGUGUUGUGCUAAUAAUGCAAGCUCGGUCACGCUGUUUCAUGUCACCAGGUCUGUUGAUCUCUGGGUGUCUUACGAGCCAAAACAUUAGAGUAGAUUUAUUGCACAGUGCUGGGAAAUAAAGUAAACUAUAUCAGAAUGUACACACACACACACACACACAUAUAUUCAAUUUGUAUUUGCAAAUGAAUUCAUUGACUGGGAACAUUGCACAGGAUGUUGUUUAUUACAAGAAGAUCAAUGUGUUUGUGUGAAUGACUUGCAUAGAUUUUAUGAACAAUAAUCCAUUUUACGUGUACUUUUUAAGGUACGAUUUUAAGUGCAACAACAAAAGGGCACAUGUACACAGUGUACUGUACAGACUUAAGAGUUUUACACGUGUAUGACAAUCUUGACAACCGUCUCUUUGAAGAUGACCGUUGAUUUUUAUCAAUCCCUGCACAUGAUGGGAUUUGUGUUACUGAAUGUAACCUUCACUGUAACCAGGGGUCUUUCUUUUUGAGUUGAGGUCAGCUUCACUUACUUAAUCAGUCUGCUGCUCCCCUCCUGUAUUGACCCCUGGUUUACAACAAGAGAUCUGGCUUGAUAUUGAUUUUUUUUUUUUCUUUUGAUUGUGGCUUUAUAUUUGCUUUCUGAUAAGUGAAAAGUGGCCCUUUGGAGUCUAGUUCGAGGUCUUUCUUUCCGCAAACAUCCGGGGUCGUCUGUGAUUCUGCAUUUCUGAAUUUGCACCUUUGUUAGAGUUUUAUUUUUGGAUAUAAACAUCCAAAUGACUGCAGAAUUAAUUGGAUUUGGAUUUUAUAAAAAGCUGUUGCUGUUUUUUUUUUUUUUUUUUUGUAUUCAUUCAAUAGUUGGUGAAACUGAAAAAUGAACAACUUAAGCUGAAGUUUCCUCUUUACAGUGUGAAACUGAGAACAUUAACACACAUGCAUAUUGAUUCCAUUAUUGCCUUAAAUCUGACCAAAAGUGCCUUUUUACCUCGUGCCUCAACUUGGUUUUUUAUAUAUAUAAAAAAAGAAAUGUGAAUGGUAAUUUCACAGAAAUCUUCAUGUACAAUUAGGAUAAAUAAUUGCAUCACCUGGAAAGAUGAGGUCAGAUUAGUGGUUUAAUCUGAUAUUAGUGCCUUAUGGAGAUUCCUGGUAAAGAAAUAUGAAGUGAAUGUGACAAUGAGCACAAUCAUUUCUUAAAUAACAUGUCAAAGAUGGCCCAAUACAUCAAAACAUAUUUUGUACAGAUGACCUUCUCCGAUGGUGUAUGUAUGUGGGAUUUAUGGUUCUGUAGUUGGUUGAGAACAAGACCAACUUUAUUUUCUAGCAUGUUUCCUGUUCUUUCUGAUAAUCACUUGAAAUAGCUGUUCAUUGUUCACCUAAUGUUUGCCAAAUGGGGAAAAAAAUAAAAGGCUGAAUUUUCA